AUGGCGUUGCCUAGUGAGGCGGAUCAGAGAGCAGAAGUGGCAAAGAUGGAUUCCGACUUGCAGUAUGUGCUUCAGGAAGCCAGUGCGUCACUGGCCACGCAAUAUCAGGUUGCGCGGCUCCAUCAGAGUCGAAGGCGAUUCCAGGCGAUCGCCGAUAACCGCGAAGGUGCCCGGACAGCUGCGCGUGAUUUCGGGAUUAAUCCUGAUACACCGGCGGGCCGUGUUGAGGUGGCAGCUAUAGUGGCUGCGUGGGAACUUGCCAAGGAGUAUGCCAGUAAAGAAAUCGAGCUACGUGCAGAGGCGAAAGUUCUAGGCCAUAAGAGAAUCUUGCAAGUGCAGGAACGCCAAGCUAUGCUGAAGGCAGUGACGGAUGCAUACGGGAAGAUGAAUGAAAGCGAGACGCCAAGUGCAGAGUACUUGGCAACAAAGGCCGAGGAGUGCGAGAGCAAUGAGCCUCUCGCAAGUUCGCUUGAUCGCAUCUCUUCAAAGAAGGAUUCGCAGGUGGAGAGCCUCCAGACUAGCAUUGAUCCCACCGGGCAUGUUCGGGUGACAAAGACGAUGCAGAAGUUGGAAAUGCCACAUCACUCAGAGGGCUAUAGACGCUUGAUGAAGGUCGAGGCACAUGCAUGGCUCUGCAUGAGUGCACGGUUUAAGGCAAAGGCUUGGUUGCAAGGGCUUCAGCUUGAUGAUUUCACUAAGUUUGUUGAGUACAUCUUGGGGGAUCGUGUUGGCAACUUGAAGUUGCCCACUGCUUCAGGGCAAGAGACGCAGUUCAACAGGCCUCCAUGGAACAUCGUCUUGAGUUAUGAAUAUAAGUUGAGGGUUGAAGCUUUCAAGAUGAUCCUGGAGGGAACCGCCACCAUGGCAGAGGCACUUCGGGCAGUGCGUGAGGAUCCAUCGCUGAAAGAGGCUUACUUUACAACACCUCUGGCAUUGCACACAGCUGGUACGCCUACCAAGUUUCGGAAGGGCAACAGCAAAGGAAAGGAUAAGCAGCAAGGGCAAGAGAUUCCACCGCCGCCAGCGCCGCAUCAGAACGGUCGCCAACCUGUGGCAUCAAGGGUGGUUCAUGUCUUUGCAGAUCCUGCUGAGCGCUUUGAUUGGGCACCGCAUCUCAGCAAUAGCAUGUCGCAGCCAGAAUUCGCUGGCAAUUUCUUCAUGUGGGAAGCGCCGGAACACUUCGGCCGCACCGCCGAUGGCAUUGUGCCGAGCUCCAUUUGGGUUUGGCCCUUGACAGGGUUGCCGGUGCUGGAUGCGGAUCACCGCUACGUUGGGCCGCUGCCCGCGUCGUGCCCACAUGGGGGAGCCGCCCAGGGAAUCGACUUCACCUGCACCGGGCAGGGCUUUCGCUACGGGCGCUUACUGUAA